GUCGCCCACGCCCUUCUAAUCCAGUUUCUACCUUUCAGCGCCUGGCGAUGUUGGCUCUGUCUCUCUUCCCUCUUUUCUGUAUUUGGCUUGCUAAGGGGACGCAAAACCCUAGUCCUUGUCCCAGUGCCCCCAUCUCCGUCGCAUCCCCAGUACCAGGAAAAUCAAGAUAAACGGGGGAUGAGGGGUGGUUUGCGAUUAAAAAAAAAAAGUGCUUACAGGCAACAAUGUAGGCGAUCAUGAGCCCCCUGAAAGGAGAGAGUAAAGAAGACUUUGCGUUCUGCGACAGCGGCUCAGAAAAGUCCUCCAAAUGUCCGCCGUAGCAACUCUGACCAGUGGAAACUAACGGUUAUGAAUGGAGUCGCUAGGAAGGCACGGACAACCGCAAAACAGCUGAAGGACGUUUGCAAGGCUGAUUUUGAUAGGAUCGCCGAAGAUGUGAAGAAGAUGAAAACAAGGCCAAAUGACGGAGAACUGAAAGAACUCUAUGGGCUCUACAAACAAUCUGUAGUUGGCGACAUUAAUAUUGAGUGUCCAGGAAUAUUAGAUUUAAAAGGCAAGGCUAAAUGGGAAGCAUGGAACCUCCAAAAAGGGUUAUCGAAGGAAGAUGCCAUGAGUGCGUACAUUGCUAAAGCAAAAGAGCUGAUAGAAAAAUACGGAAUUUAAAAUUCAGCUGUGAGAAAGUUUUUCUUUUGAAACCUUCAUAACGCUAUCAUGACCUAACAUCUGGAUAAGAAAUGCACGGUUAACUCUACAUGUCGUGAAUAUUUUUGCCAUUAACAUGAAUUGUAAUCCUUAAUUAGCGGUACACUGAAACUGUGUUAUGUAAUGAAAUUUUACUUGCCUAAACCAGAUGAUUGUAAAAGUUCUUUUAAAAAAAAAUUUUUGCUCUGGUAGUAUGUGCACAAAAACAUUAACAUUUUUUUUUUUUUUUGGCUUACCAGUUUUUCUACAGAGAGUUAACAUUAUUGGUGUAUAAUCAAAACAGUUUAUUAAGAACGAGUAACAAGGUUUUUCCUUUGUUGCACCGUGUAGCUUUGGGAUUCUCACUGACCUGGGGCCUUGGUCAACCAUAGACAUCUGUGGUUCUUGUCCUUAGUCUGUAAUUCUUUACUAGGUGACUGAGGCAAAUUAUGUAACCUCGCUAAUCAGCCUCCUCUAUAGAGUAGGGGGAAAAUCAGUCUCACAGGGUUGUAAGAACUGAAUGAGGAAACUGUAAUUAUCAUACUUUAGUUUAAAGCACACGUUAUGAAAAGCCUAACAACAAAUAAGCUAAAAAUUUUAAAAAGAAACUUAUGAGUCGAUGACUAUUCAAAUAAAGAAAAAAAGCUACCAACUA